AAACCCCCGGGUUUCAUCAUGGUGGCCGAUGUCCCUAAGCAGGACCUCAAGGGGUUCGCAGCGGCGGAGCCCACCGCGAACGGUGUUCCAGUGCUGGUCCCUGCGGAGGACCCAAGCGCGCCAGGAGGCGGCUGCUGCCGUUCCCGGUACCAGGUGUGCUGCUGCCUUCGGGCCAACCUGCUGGUGCUGCUGAUGGUGGUGGCCGUGCCAGCGGGCGUGGCGCUGGGGGUGUGCGGCGCGCAAGCGCUGGGCCCCGCGCACCUGGUGGCCUUCGCCUUCCCGGGCGAGCUGCUGCUGCGCCUGCUGAAGAUGAUCAUCCUGCCGCUGGUGAUGUGCAGCCUGAUCGGCGGCGCGGCCAGCCUGGACCCGAGUGCACUCGGCCGCCUGGGCGCCUGGGCGCUGCUGUUCUUCCUGGUCACCACUCUGAUGGCCUCGGGGCUCGGCGUGGGCUUGGCGCUGCUUCUCUUCAACGAAUUUUUGGGGCCCAGAGGCACUUGGAGAGACGCCCCCACCAAGGAGGUGGACCAUUGGUUCCUGUACCUACUGAGAAAUAUCUUCCCUUCCAACCUGGUGUCUGCAGCCUUCCGCUCAUAUUCCACCUCCUAUGGAGAGAAAGAGAUCGAUGGAGCAUGGGUGAAGGUGCCUGUGGGAGAAGAGGUGGAGGGCAUGAACAUCCUGGGCCUGGUAGUGUUUGCCAUAGUCUUUGGCGUGGCCCUGCGGAAGCUGGGGCCUGAGGGUGAACUGCUCAUACGCUUCUUCAAUUCCUUCAAUGAUGCCACCAUGGUGCUGGUCUCCUGGAUCAUGUGGUAUGCCCCUGUGGGCAUCUUGUUCCUGGUGGCCAGCAAUAUUGUGGAGAUGGAAGACGUGGGGAAGCUCUUCGCCAGCCUCGACAAAUACAUCCUGUGCUGUCUGCUGGGCCACGCCAUCCACGGGCUCCUGGUGCUGCCCCUCAUCUACUUCUUGUUCACCCGCAAAAACCCCUACCGCUUCCUGUGGGGCAUCACAACGGCGCUGGCCACGGCCUUCGGGACCUCCUCCAGCUCAGCCACGCUGCCGCUGAUGAUGAAGUGCGUGGAGGAGAGGAACCGUGUCGCCAAGCACAUCAGCCGCUUCAUCCUCCCCGUCGGCGCCACGGUCAACAUGGACGGCGCGGCGCUCUUCCAGUGCGUGGCCGCGGUGUUCAUCGCUCAGCUCAAUCAGCGGUCCCUGAACUUCGUGAAUAUCAUCACUAUCCUGGUCACGGCCACGGCGUCCAGCGUGUGCUCUGCCGGCAUCCCGGCUGGAGGUGUCCUCACCUUGGCAUUCAUCCCGGAGUUGGGUCAACCUGGAUUGGCUGUGGACUGGCUGGUGGACCGAUCCUGUACCGUCCUCAACGUGGAAGGUGACGCCUUUGGGGCGGGGCUCCUCCAAAAUUAUGUGGACCGUUCAGGGUCUCAGAGCUCGGUGCCUGAGUUGAUCCAGGUGAAGAGCGAGCUGCCCCAGGCCCUGCUGCCAGUCUCCACUGAGGAGAGGAAUCCCCUCCUCAAACGAUAUCUGGGGGAGGCCCUUGUGCCACCAGGGAGGCCCCAAUUGGACUUUUUUGAAAUAAAAUAUCUGUUCAUUGAACAGUGCCACUGAGACACCACUGCCCGUGUCUACUAGAGUGGCAACAAGCAAAGAACAGCCAUACUUGGGGUCAGUGAGACAUUAUAGAAUUUAGGUAUGGGGCCUCCCCUGGUGGCGCAGCAGUUGAGCGCUGGGCUGUGAAGCUGCGGCGCAGCCUCUGCAGUGCCAGUUCAAUCCCCGGCCACUGGUGAGGGGUCCCACAUGGCUGCAGACCUUUCCUGCCGCGCCACUGCUCCCCUCAGCAGUGUAUUUAGUCAGUGUGCCUGUUCUGUUACCCGCUCUGGCUCUGGUGAGUUCUCUCACCCUCCCGGGCUUAUGACUGUACCCAGUGCUUGUAUAAACAAACAAACAAACAAAUAA